CAGCAGUUUGCAGAGACUUCACUGUCACUGUGUUUGUGAUUCAGCUGCAAGGACUAUACAAAAGGAAGGUGGAAAAAACAGUUACCAUUCCACAUUAAACUUAAAAGACCACAAAACCUCAAAGUGUUGCAAAACAACAUUGUGACAGGAUAUGUAUUUGUUGGGCCCUCCCUACUGUGGCAGUCUGACCCAUCCCCACCAUCACAUAUCCUCACCUUUACUGCAAAACCAACGAAGAUCCCAACAAGAGACAACAUCAAGAUGAUCCUUUUAUGGAUUACACUGCUUCUUCUCCAUCAAGGAUAUGGACUGAUUCCAGUGACCAUAGUUCAACUUGGUGAAUCUGCAACCUUCACAUGCGUUUACCCCAAUUGGGAGCAUAGCAAUACACGAGUCAAGUGGUACAAACAGAGUGUUGGUGAUUCUCUUAAAUUAAUUACUACAUUGUUGAAAGGCACUGAAAUUCCUGCAUUGGAAAAAGGGUUUCCUCACUACCGUUUCAAUGUAAAACAUCUAGUUAACAUGAGCUCUCUGACCAUUUUGAAGACAAUCCAAGAAGACAAGGCAAUGUAUCACUGCGCAGUCACUACCUGGAGCAAGGAUGAAUGGACGAGCACAUAUUUGUCUUUAAAAGGAAACACUCUGAGGGCGACAAACUUUACUGUUGUUCAGUGGCCGACACUAUCCGAUCCAGUUCAUCCAGGAGACUCCGCCACUCUCCAGUGCUCGGUCCUCUCUGACUCUGAGAACAAGAAAUGUCCAGGGGAGCACAGUGUACACUGGUUUGGAGUCAGAUCAGAUAAGUCUUACCCUAACAUCAUCUACACUGAUGGAAAUGAACAAAAUGAGUGUCAGAAGACAUCGGACACUAAGAAGAGUUGUGUUUAUCACCUCUCAAAGAACUUCAGCUCCUCUGAUGCUGGGAUUUACUACUGUGCUGUGGCCACAUGUGGAGAGAUAUUAUUCGGAGACGGAACAAAACUGAACAUUGAAGGAACCGGCUCACGGUCUUUUGGUGAUUUACAGACUGACGAUGUAUUUCUGCUUCUGCCGUCUGUGGUCUCGGCCAUUAGUGUGAUUGUUAUAGCCAUCCUUAUUCACACCAUCAAGAAAAACAAGUGUGAUUAUUGCCAUGACAAGGCUGCGGUGUCCCUGCAAGAAAAUGUUGCAAAAAGAAAUGUAAAGAGAAAUGAAGACCCAUGGAUUUAUUCUACUGUCGUCUUUACCGUCAUGGAAACCAGCAUUGGUGUAACUAGGGAGGGAAGAGCAGCAAAGAGAGAGAGGAUCUACGCUGCUGACAAAGCUUUUUGAACGGAUUAGCUUGUUAGAAGUGGACUCCGCUAGGGCUGACACAUAUUUGUUUUGCUCACAGAUCGGACAGCAAGUGGAUACUGAGAUUUAUCCUGAAUUUGACAAUUGUAUUGCAUUUAAUCGUUUAUUUGGCAGGGACAAUCACAGUAAUGAACACUUAAAACAUUCAAAUGUGUCAAGCGUAACAGUGCCAGAUUUAGCUUUGAGCUAAUUUCCAUCCACAGUCCCUCAUAAAAUAAGCAGACUGCAGCUUGCUUGUUUGAGUUUUAAAGCUAAAAGCUGUUAUACCAUGUGUGAUUUAGCUUGCAUUGAGCCUAUGAUGUUUAUCUGGAAUAUUCUUUUGUUCAUAUGCUUACAUGUAAAAAUACUUGAUUAAAAUAAAAGGGCAUUUUGUUC